GGAAGUCGAAAUAUCUGUCAUCUUCAGCCAUCUUCAUCCUGUGACUACGGAUCACUGAGUCGGCUAUACUCUCUGCUCCGUGUUUCUGAGUUAGGCUGAAAUGAAGGACACGUUGGCCAUCCUCCACAGGCUCAGCGCUCACCCGGAGUCGCGCUGCUGGUACGUGGCAUGGCACCCGCUGGGCGCGCUGCUGGCCUCCUGCGGUGGAGACCGAGCUGUGAGGAUUUGGGGGAAGGAAGGAGACGACUGGGUGUGCAAGUGUGCACUGUCGGAUGGACACCAGCGCACGGUCAGGAAGGUCGCCUGGUCUCCCUGUGGGCACUACCUCGCGUCCGCAAGCUUUGAUGCCACCACGUGUAUUUGGAAAAUGACGAAUGACGAUUUUGAGUGCCUUACAGUGUUAGAAGGACAUGAGAAUGAAGUGAAGUGUGUCGCCUGGGCCUCCUCUGGCCACUUACUAGCAACAUGCAGCAGAGAUAAGAGUGUCUGGAUUUGGGAAGUGGAUGAGGAAGAUGAGUAUGAGUGUGUGAGUGUGGUGAAUUCACACACACAAGAUGUAAAACAUGUAGUCUGGCAUCCCACACAAGAGCUCCUGGCUUCAGCCAGUUAUGACAACAAGGUAUGUAUUUAUAAAGAAGAAGAUGAUGACUGGGAGUGUCGGGCAACCUUAGAGGGACAUACUUCAACUGUCUGGAGCCUUUCCUUUGACCCUGAGGGACAGAGAUUGGCCUCCUGCAGUGAUGAUCGUACUGUAAAAAUAUGGAAGGAGUGCACAUCAGAUGAAGAUUCUACAGAUGGCGCAUGGAAGUGUGUUUGUACCUUGUCUGGAUUUCAUGGUCGAACAGUGUAUGAUGUUUCUUGGUGUCAUUUGACUGGUGCCUUGGCGACAGCAUGUGGGGACGAUGGAGUUCGUGUUUUUAAGGAAGAUGCAGCUGCCGACCCCAGACACCCAGCGUUCUAUCUGUCUGCCCACGUGCCUAAGGCCCAUAACCAGGAUGUGAACUGUGUGGCGUGGCAUCCUAAAGAAGCGGGUCUGCUGGCCACGUGCAGUGACAAUGGAGAAAUUGCUAUCUGGAACUACCAGUCAGAUGCGUAACCCAUCAAGAGAUCAUUCUGUCAACAGGACGAGCAUUUAAAGGUCUGCAUGGGAUUUAGAAAGCACUGAAUUUUACCUUUGGUGACAGCAGAAAGCAGGUUCAGAGAGUCAUGUUGCCUGCUGAAUUAGUGAUGUUUUUAUGUUUAGGUUUGUUUUACAGCCUUGUGGCACUGCUCAUCAAAUGUUUGAGUGCACUUGUUAGAAAUGAGUUAUGAUUCAUAACUAACAAUAUUUUACACCACAUAACUUCAUUUUCACACAUUUACAGAAAUACACAUUUUAAUACACCAAAAGUGAAUCAAACCUUUUGUUCAUGAGCAUGAAAAAUGUUAUGAAUAAUCCACCCAAGGAUAUUAAGUAAUAGAAAAUAGUUUUAAAAUGGCUCCAAACCAUGUGCCCUGAAACAUUUGACCAGUCGUGCAUCUAAUGCUAAAUAUUUGUUCAUUUUUUAAAGUAUUAAAUGGUCUUUGGUUUUGUGUGUUGUACUUACCACUUUGUUUCAGGAACAUUCUUUUUCUCUCUUGAACCGUAAACAGCGUUUGUAGAUGUUGUCCAAGAAGUUUAAAAGGUAGUCUCCAACUUCACUUUCUUAAUCACAACUGAAGCAAAUGUAAUAUAAAUUUCUACAGCUAAAAUAAAAUAUAUGUGAUCAAGCAGCAGGGUACAAGACUGGUUUGGGUUACAUUGUGGUGGUGGUGAAGAGCAUUUAGUGUUCACACCUUUUUAUAAACCAUUCUGAAUUUUGUAAAUCCAUGUCCAAAAAGCAGGCUAACAUGGGCUUGAGUGAUACUGGGGUGAACAUAUGUCAUCUUUUUCCCUGGACAUGUCUUGUUUUGGGAUCUAACACGUGUGUUUUGUGGGGAUUUCUAAAAUGUCUGAGAUUUGGCUUUUAUGUUCACAUGUCAUUUCAACUUUUUGCAUUGCUUUGAUGAGAGGUAUUCAAAUCAGUCCUCAAGGUCCAAAUCCUGAAGGAAUUCCACCCGUUCUUUACCUAGUUGUGUCAGUUGUGACCAGUUACAUUAAUCAUAUGAUCAGCUAUAAGGGGUUACAAACUCCAGGAUCACAUUUGGAUUUGAGAUCCAAAGUUGAAUUCCACUGGCUUUGACCGUUCUCUACAGGUUCCGCCUUCUCGCUUGCCACAAUUGGUCGAUUAUGUCCAUGCUGUGCACGUAACGGUCAGACUGCUUCUCAGCGUGUACAACUACUUCACAGAGGUGCAUGAGCAGCUGGCAUACAGAACAUUUGCUUUCUAUUUUAUCUUUUGUAUGGUGUCCAAACAGAACUGAUAGUUAUGCUCCUGUUUUUUUUUGCCAUGCCUGUCUAUGGCAAGCAUGCUAUAAUUUGACAUGAAUCAGUUUCCCACCCCACCACCAAAACUGAUUUAAAUUACUUUGCUUUUAAGUCUAAUUAAAAAAAAAAUUUUUUAAACAUC